CGGGCCGGAGGAGCCGCCGCCAUUUCGGUGUCGCUGGGAGCGGGGCCGGGACAGCGGCGAUGGAGCCCGGAGCCCGCCCGGGCGGCGGCGGCGCCGCGGGGCAGUCCCGGGAGUACAAACUGGUGAUGCUGGGAGCGGGAGGCGUCGGCAAGAGCGCCAUGACCAUGCAGUUCAUCAGCCAUCGGUUCCCAGAGGACCACGAUCCCACCAUUGAGGACGCCUAUAAAAUCCGGAUCCGCAUCGAUGAUGAGCCUGCCAACCUGGAUAUUUUGGAUACAGCAGGACAGGCAGAGUUCACAGCCAUGAGGGAUCAGUACAUGAGGGCUGGCGAGGGUUUCAUCAUCUGCUACUCCAUCACGGACCGGCGCAGCUUCCACGAGGUGCGCGAGUUCAAGCAGCUCAUUUACCGCGUGCGCCGCACCGACGACACCCCCGUGGUGCUGGUGGGCAACAAGUCCGACCUCACCCAGCUGCGCCAGGUGUCCAAGGAGGAAGGCUCUGCCUUGGCACGGGAAUUCAACUGCCCCUUCUUCGAGACGUCGGCCGCGUUCCGCUACUACAUCGAUGACGUGUUCCAUGCGCUGGUGCGGGAGAUCCGCAGGAAGGAGAAGGAGGCCGUGAUGGCCCUGGAGAGGAAAUCCAAACCCAAAAGCAGCGUCUGGAAAAGACUCAAGUCCCCCUUUAGGAGGAAGAAGGAUUCGGUCACUUGAACAGAAAAAUCCCUCUGCAAAGCAGGACAAAAGCUGUGAGCCUUUGUGAGCCGAGCAGCUCGGUGCCAGCACUGACAGCAUGUGACACCUGAGGGGACUUGGAGAGGGAAUGUGUAACUCUGCCAGUUGUUUUUGUUUAGAGCCGUGUUGCCUUGAUUCUGGGUGUUGAACUUGAGGCCCAGUGACAGUUGUACUUUGUUGUCAUUUUUUUACUGGACUCGGCACGUGUUGGUUCAUGGCCCUGCACUUUGGAGUGUUUGUCCUUGGUGUCAGCAGCCUGGAAGCUGAACUGUGCAAAGCAUUGCUGGAGUUCAGCCUCUCUGAGCCCGUGGUUUUCCCAAUUAUUUGCACAAGAGGAUUUUGCUGCUCUCCAGGACGAC